AUGGUCAAACUCAUCACUCACAACCUUCUGUGCUGCCAUGCAAGGGGAUGCAACUAUCCCGACAACUUCCCGUUGACAUUCAAAGAUGUCACACAACUCGAAGUGCGGGAGGCAGACUAUAAUGCGGAAUUUUUGCAGAAAAUGAUGCCAAGACUUGAAUGGAAAGCUUUGGUGGACACCGCUAAGGAGCUUGGGGAUACUUCCCUCCCAGCAGAAAUGCCGGAGGGCGAUGCAGUGGAUGAAGAGUUUUUGAGGAGGUUACAUCACGUCCUACUGGAGGUCCAUGUUGAAGAAGGGGCCAUGUACUGCCCUAAAUGCGAACAUAAAUACCCUAUUCUCCAAGGAAUCCCGAACAUGCUGUUGGCUGAGCAUGAAAUCAGUCGAUGA